AGCUGCUCACUUUCCCUGGAGGGACCUGCCCUGUUGCCGCCGCUGCUUCUGCCGCGGUGGCCCUUGGGAGCCAAGGAAGAGGGGCGGCUGACUACCAGGGCCACAGAGCACAGAGGCUGCAGCAGGGGGCUGGUAUCUCGCCUGAACCUGGAACCGCAUCCUAGCCCUGGAGGACAGAGUCAGGGCCAUCUGCAGGCAGCCGCAGCAGUUCUGGGGUGAGCACCCCCUCGGGGUCCAUGUGCCCGCCCGAGGCCCAGGCGGAGGUGGGCCCCACCAUGACUGAGAAGGCCAAGAUGGUGUGUGCUCCCAGCCUGGUGCCUGCCCCGCCCCCAAAGCCUGCCUCGACUGGACCCCCAAAGGUGGAGGAGGUGGGCCACGGAGGCUCCUCCUCACCACCCAGGCUGCCCCCUGGAGUGCCAGUGAUCAGCCUGGGCCACACCAGACCCCCAGGGGCAGCCAUGGCCACCACAGAACUCAGCACCCUCCGUCCCCCACUGCUGCAACUCUCUACCCUGGGAACCGCCCCACCCACCCUGGCCCUGCAUUACCACCCUCACCCAUUCCUCAACAGCCUCUACAUUGGGCCAGCAGGACCUUUCAGCAUCUUCCCUAGCAGCCGGCUAAAGCGGAGACCAAGCCACUGUGAGCUGGAGCUGGCUGAGGGGCAUCAGCCUCAGAAGGUGGCCCGGCGUGUGUUCACCAACAGUCGGGAGCGCUGGCGGCAGCAGAAUGUGAACGGCGCUUUCGCUGAGCUCAGGAAGCUGCUGCCAACGCACCCGCCCGACCGGAAGCUGAGCAAGAACGAGGUGCUCCGCCUGGCUAUGAAAUACAUUGGCUUCCUGGUGCGGCUGCUGCGCGACCAGGCUGCGGCUCUGGCGGCAGGCUCCGCCCCUCCAGGGCCCCGUAAGCGGCCGGCGCACCGAGGCCUGGACGACGGCGGUGUCCGUCGCGGGCCGUGUCGCAGGGCCGAAGUAGUGGCGCACCCCCAGCCCGCGCCUUCCAGUGGCCCCGACAGCAGCCGCGGCGGGGCGGGCCGACCCAUCAAGACAGAACAAGCGGCUGUGAGCCCAGAGGUGCGAUGACCUCCACGGUGUCGCCUCCGAGCCGAAGGGCACUGGGAAGUCAGCUCAGGGCCAUCUAGGAAGGGGCGGACGACGUGCUCGCAGGGCCUGAUCUGGACCGAAUUCCCCCGAAGAAGGACCAGUGAGGAGUCCCCUACAGGGGAAAGGGCCCCCGCGGACCCGAAGGAUGACCGUCGUCGCCCCCCGGGGCUUGAAGACCCUUUUAUCGCCCACGGCCCGCUGAAAGUGGCCUUGUCCGCGUACCCCUUCCGCGGGGUGAGGUCCGGGAACCAACACAUCUGAGCGGCCAUAGGACCCAAAGGGGGCCUAAUUUUUCCGAGCUGGGGGUCACCGAGGGAGUUGAGAAGGGGCCCUAGAACACGCUUCUUUCUCACUGGCGCCCCCUCCCGGAGACUGAGAGAUCCGCACUCCUCGACGGUGGCUGUGGCCGGCCUGGCUCGAGGCUGUGAGGCGCGGAAUUCACGCGGCGACCGCAUCCCACCGACCCCGAACCUGUCCCGCACGAUUGCGUUAGCGAAGGCUCAGGCGCUCUUGCUUUUGUUUUUCUUUAUUUCUUUAUUUCACAUACACAUUAGCCAUUCAAUGGAGAAGCCGGAGAGAGUCAGGCAAAGAUGGUAUAACAGAAGCGCAGUGACGGGGGCGGGGUGGGGGGGGCGGGGCGGAGAGGGAACGUACGGGCUGGCUGCCUACUUGCAUUCCGCUAGGACACUGAAAACCCAGAAAACAAAACAGACAGUAAACUACCCUUGUUUCUUA